GGGGGAAUAUGAGCUUGUGUUAUCAGAUGAUGAGAUCUUUAGUGAUUGCCAAGGUAUAGAUGCCAGCUUUAAGAAUAUAAGUAAUAUGUUCGACUUUUCUCAUUUCAAUUCCACUUUGAGACCUGAUGGUAUGGCUAUAGAAGGAAACUUGACAGUGGUUUGGAAUAUUCAACCUGGGGAUAGGAUAGAGUUAACCAUACAGCUCUUGUACAUGGAUCGUGGAACUUGGCAGCCGACAGUAUUCUCCAUUAAUACGAAGGACUUCUGCAAAAUCAUGUACGACAAAAGGCAAUUCUGGUACAAAUUUUGGACCAAACAUAUUACAAACGUUGAUGACAUCAAGGAUAGAUGUCUCACUGUUCCUGGAGUAUGUACUUAUAUAAUUAUGGAGACGUACCUGUUGGUCUUGGUAGCAUCGGCGCAAUCCACUGGACCACUUCGCGAGGGUCGAUAUAAAACUCGAAUAAUCUAUAGAGCCUUUGAUCCCUUAAACUUCAAGGAACGAACAAAUCCAAUAUGUUUUGAAGUGAGGGGAGAGGUUUUUAAAUUAUGA